AUGCGUCCCUUUAAAGCCUCCGACCUCCUGGACGCGGGGACCCGUACGCGCAGCACCUCCGUCUCCAGCGACACGCCGCUCACCCGAGUCAACCUGAUGUCCCCGCCGUUUGUGACGCCGCCGCCGGGGUUUAUCUCCUCCUCUGCCGCCUCUGAGAUCAUCACCGCCGACCAGGAGUUUAAUGCGGCCGAUUUUGUUGCCGAAGACGACGAGGGCGCCGCCAUCGGCGCAACGGCCGUGGUUACGCCCGCGGCGCUGUCGCUGCUGAACGGAUUCCUCGACAAUAUUCUCUUCAAUAUUCUCGGAAUCUCCAAAUCCACCCAAUUGACAUGCAUCCGACCUGCCGUAACGGACGUGCUGAAGCCCCGACUCGCGGCGGAAGUCGUCACGGCCGCCGACGAUGAAUUGAGCGAAUACAUGGGCGGGGCGGAGGACGAGGAAAAUGAAUUUCGGGGUGGCCAGGAACCCGGUGGGGAUUUUGACCUGAUCCGGUCAUGGAAACUCACACGACUCCGCUGCAUGGUCUACACCCGCCUCGGCGACAUGGAAGAGGACGACGAAGACGAGUUUAUCGCCCAGGAUAGCUUGGGAGACUCGCACGGUGCACCGCGCCGGUUUUCCAGCCAUGUCGACAAUAUCACCCCGGCCGCGGCUAUUUUCUUGACUUCGAUCAUUGAAUAUAUUGGCGAGCGCGCCCUGGUCAUUGCCGGAGAAACAGCGCGGUCUCGCUUGUCAGUCAAGCUGAACGACAAUGGCAGCGAAGACGCAGACCGAACCAGUAUCGAUCGGCUCGUGGUGGAGGACCUGGAUAUGGAGAAGCUCGCGCUCAAUGCAACCCUGGGCCGCCUAUGGCGCACAUGGCGAAAACGCAGACGCGGAGCCACCUUGUCUCGCACCUUGUCGCGCGACUCCUUCCACCGCCGGCGAUACACCACGAUGGGCGCCAGUCGCAAGAGCAGCAUUUCCACCAUCGAGGAACCAAUCACACCCAGAGAGAUCAAGGACUCUGAUCCAGCUUCGAUUCCGCUACCCAUGAACGACCACGAUAUUCAAGAAAUUGAGAUUCCUGGUUACAAAUUCAAUCACGACGCCGAGGUCCAAACCAUGAAAGCCAUUGUCGCCCACAAAGUGCGCCCGCGAAGUCUAAUGGUUCUUCCCUCGCCGCUGCCACCCAACUCACCGCUGGCGUCCAAGGGGCCGCCAUCGACUAACGCCUCUCCCGUGGACCCCGCCAGCCCCGGUCAGCGCAAAGUGAUCCGUCACGUUCGCUCAAGAUCGUUGCCAAGCUCCACAUCCAGCCCGGUCGUGCAAGUCGCCACGGGCAUAGAAUCGCUGCAAUCGCCCACUUCCGACAAGCACCAGGAGGCUGUGGAGGAUGACGACGAAUCCGCAGAGUUUGUGGACGCGGCUGAAUCUGCACCUGGCUUGGCUAUUAGCACGUCUCCCACAGCUGACGAGCUUUCACCUGCUGAGAGGCAGAGGAUGUCUGUGGUGCCCGAAGAGGAAGAAGAAGCAACUCCGCACCCGGACAACUUGCAUGUGAGCGACACGGUAGCACCCCUGCGAUCCAGCGAUACCGGCGAACCGUUGAGUGAGGUCUCCUCCCUGAAUGAGCGCGAUCUGCGAGCCAGCGAUCAAGCGUCGAUCUCGUCUUUGAGUGAACACGGCAAUGACAACUCGGAGGUAAUUGAAGGUCGCGGCACGUACGAAAAACCUAAGCAGACUGCUACGAUUCAACGCCCGAAACGCAAAUCCAGCAGGGGUAUCACGCAGCCGUCGCCGAUCUCCGCAGAGGCUAUGCCCCCACCGACGCAAGGGGCAGAAACCACGCAUACACUUGAGAACGAGGCUAUCAAGUAUUCUAGCGAUUAUGAUGCCAUGGAUGGCGAUGAACAUAAAUCUCCCAUGAUGGCCGCCCUGGGAUACGACCGAGAGCCAGAGGAACCUCGACCAGAUUCGACCUCCAGCAAUUAUUCACAGCGAUCGCAGAGCUCGCGUCGCAGCAAGCCUUCUCCGUUAAUAGUCGCAGCUAGCAACCGGAGCAGUUCGCGCCGAACAGACUCCAGCAGCUCGACGGCGACCGAACGAGCCGCUGUUCAGCGAAUGCCUCGAGCAUCGACAUCCGUGCCUACAACCACUGUUCAAGUUCGACCGGCUCGCUCCGAGAGUCUCAACCAGCGCCCGAUGACCGCGAACUCGACGACAUCUCAGGUGUCCACCAAACUGAAGGGGUUUAUAAGCCGUCAGCCAGGCGACUCUCCCUCUCUUCGUCUUCGUAGCUCGUCUGACACGAGUCGGGCUUCUGGUGACACCGGGGACUCUGCCGCGGACGGCGCGGACUUGGACAAGUUGAUCAACAGUGACGAGACUAUCCAUUACACGCUAACUCCUCGGAGCGUGCGAGAAAUGGGCUUCCCUGACGUGCCGCCCAAGCCGAUUCCUCGGACGGACACAACGGGGACUUCAGAUCUGGCAGAUUUCCUGAAGAACACCGGUCCUCCAGGAGACGAUAUGCCCCGAGCACGGCCGUCUGUCUCUUCCAAGACAAAUCGCGACUCGGUCAAGCACGUUCCCAUUGCAUCCCGCAUGAGCACAUCUUCAACACGGGCGAAGGUGCCGGUCCAGGCACGAGACGCUCGAUUGGGCGGUGAUUCCACUCGGGACCUGGCCGAAUUCAUGAAGGCUACCGGUCCCAUCAACGGACCGACCAGUGCCCCGUUGAAGCCCAGCGCACCCAAUGUUUUGCCUGCCAAGCCUUCCUCGCCUAAUCCGAACCGACCUCGACUACAGGCUCGCGGCGCAGACACCGCGGCGGGAUCGCAGACUUCAGAGCUUAUUGAUUUCAUCCGGGAAGGGCCGCCACGGCCCGGGGGCGCCCACCGCAUUCCUCGAACGGUUGCACCCUUUCGGAACACCGUUGAUUCGGACGACCUCCAGCUGGAUCAGGCCACGCGCAACUCCCUUGCGAGCACACAGGAUAGAUCCGCACCCACUUCUGGCUCGCAAGCAACACUCGACUCCGCAAGUCGCCUAAAGGGCCGAAUGGAGUAUGCCGCUGCAAGUAAAGCAGCGGCCCAAGAUGCCGCUGUACCUGUCCGCAGGAAUCGAUUCCAGAGCGCCCCAGACCCCUAUGCCAUUGACGAUGACGAAGAUGACGACCUACUCGAAGAGCUGCUAGAAGCAGAACAAGUCCAACCCAAGCGACAGGAGGAAAGCCUAAUGGAUUUCCUGCGCGACGCUCCUCCUCCGCCACCGAGCGACCCUCAACCCCUGUCAGUCAAUAUCCCUCAGAACAACAACUCCUCUUCCAACGGAUUCGCAAGCGACUUCAAGGCCCGUCUGCUUCGUUCCGCCGGCGGAGAUCGGACGGACAAGUCCCCGUCCACAAAAGUAUCCAGGACAUCUCUUCGCUCGCAAACGAGCAACUACACUGCCCCGCCCUCGAACUAUACGGCCAAGGUUGGCAUGGAGCGAAACGCCGGGACCAUGCCUUCAAUGCCCAACACGUCUAACCGUGCAACGGAGACAGGUGCACUGGCGGACUUCCUUCGCAACACUGGACCCCCGGAGCCGGUUUCGCCGCGGCCGUCGUCGAGCUCGAUGGGGAAUAACAUGAACAACACAUUCUCGCGCCUGUUUGUGCGUCGGAGGAAGGUUGAAGCUUAA